AUGACGAAAAAGAUGAAAAUGAUUCCAAUUAUCGAUUAUGUGUUAGUUUAUGAAUGGGAACCGGGAAGCAUCGAUCCCUACGCAGAGCUGAGACUGAAGUUUCUAAGGGAUGUGGAAAACACCGGGUUGCGAGUGGACCACAACUUUGCCGGACAGAAAUGGGCUGCAGAACUGACAGCUGGGCCACCGGACAAGUACCAGAUUGUUAAGAUCUAUGCACCUUUUGAACUUUUGAGCCGGACAGCUGAGAGAAUGAAACUGAAAAUGCCUUUGGCUGAGUUCGACGCAAUGAAUACAGGUAAAAGUACGCGCGCUCGGAAGAAGAAUGUUGGAAACCACGAGGAGGUUAUUGAAUUGAAAGUGGCUGGGUGUUUUCAGAAAUUCAUGUCCCAUUUUAAAACUGAAACUGUAGUCAACUAUAUCAGUGCACAUUAUGAACAUGAGAAAAGACAUCUAUUUAAAGGAAUUGAAAAUGAAGAAACAUUUUUUCGUCCUGCGCUGAGAUCUCUCAUCGUUCAUUACAUUCUUACAAACAUACCUAUAGAAACUGGACAUGAAAAUGUGGAAGCAAACAAACAAAAAUUUUCAACAAAUAUUCCUGCUCUACCAUACCUUCUUUUGAAAAAGGCAUUCAAAUCUUCCUUUGUCCUGCAUGACAUAAUAAAAGGGCAAUUGGAUAGUGAUUCCAGUCAACGUUCCCCUUCACAAAACACUGGUCAAACCAAGGAGGCUGAACCUCCAGAGGCAAGGACGGAGCUUAAUAACCUGUGGGCAAACACUUAUCUAAAAUUCCAGCCCCUCUGGAAAAUCCGAAAUUACUUUGGUGAAAAGAUUGCACUUUACUUUGCUGUGAUGGAAACACUUCUAGUUACACUAAUUAUUCCUGCAUUCCUUGGUUUGGCUACAUUUAUAUAUGGCCUUUAUUUCAGUAUAAACUGUUACAAUGCCAGCAGUAAACUGGAUGAAUCUCUUCGUAACUACAACUACAAAGAAAUCUGUUCUUCCCCAGACUUGAUCUCAGGAAUAGUGGAGAACUCUGUGAAGAUACUUAGAGAAGCAUGUGGAAACGUCGGUGGAAGGAGAAAAAUUAUUGAGACGGGACUCAAUAGAACCUGUGCUUCUAAAACCUGGGACAAUGCAACAUUUUAUGUACAUUCAGGUGACUUCUUUACAGUAAUUCAAUCUGCCUUGGAUAAUGAUGCCACACCAUGGUUUGGCCUUAUCGUUUGCCUGUGGGGAACAAUUUUUCUGGAACUGUGGAAAAGAGUAAAUGCUAAAUUGGUGUAUGAAUGGGAUGUUGAGAACUUUGAAAAUGAUGAGCCAACCAGACCCGAGUUUUAUGGAACAUCUGUGAGAAAGCUUUAUGUUUUGCUACUAAGGAUAUUUAAUAUGUUUGAAAAUAAAGUGCCAGAUCCAGUUACUGGUGACGACGAACCUUACUACCCAGGUACUCUGCGACGUACAAAAAUGCUACUCUCACUUUUGGUAGGGAUGCUGAUGGUCUUUGCAGUAAUUGCUAGUGUCACUGCAGUGGUUAUUUACAAGACCUGGAUAAGAAUUAGAAUUAAAACUUCCAACUCAUUUGUCAGCUUUUUGUUGACCACUGUCGGUGCCUCAUUUCUAAAUGUGGUGUCCAUUAUAAUCUUGGGAAAGGUAUAUCAUAUAAUUGCAGUUAAAAUGACAGAUUGGGAAAACUACAGGACUCAGACUAACUAUAAUGAUGCUCUGAUACUAAAACUGUUUGCCUUCCAUUUUGCUAACAGUUAUUCAUCUCUAUUUUAUAUUGCUUUUCUUAGAAAGAACAAUCAGAAGUUUUUUCAAAUGAUUGGACUACCUGACUUCGAAGAUAACUGUGGAGACUUGAACAAUUGUGUAUCAGAACUUAGCGUUCAAGUUCUUAUACUCAUGAUCUGCAAACUAUGUCCCAAGUUCUUGACAGAUAUUUUAAUACCAUGGAUGAAGAAAUUGAAAAACAAAAUCAAGCGAAAUAAAGGCCUCUCUUUACCACCACAAAAGCAGAUGACACUUUCGUCUGUGGAUGAUUAUAUUAUUAAAGAAUAUCUGAAACCAGAUCUUGGUGAUUUCACGUUGGGGGAAUACACAGAAAAGGUCAUACAGUAUGGUUACCAAAUGCUUUUUUCGAUCUCAUUCCCUCUGGCACCACUUCUUUUCUUUAUUACCAUUUUAUUUGACAUACAUGUGGAUGCCAAGCGGCUGCUAUGGAUGUACAAACGACCAGUCGCUUUCAUGGCUCAAGAUAUUGGUCAUUGGCUGACUGUUUUAGAUCUUAUAAACGGAGUGGCAAUAGUGACCAAUGCCUGCCUGAUUGCUUUCAACACAGAAUAUGGGAGGGAGAGACCCUUUUAUGAACAACUGAUCAUUCUAAUAGUUAUUGAGCACUUAGUGUUUGUAGUGAGAUUUCUGCUAUCAAAUAUGAUACCAGAUGUACCACAGCACAUACAGCUAGCAAUGAGGAGGGAGAAAUAUCAAGUGACAACAAAAAUGAAAGGUUAUCCAAGCAGCCUUCAUCGAUUCCGAUGAUUCAAGCAAAACUACAACAUCACUGUUCUGUUUCAAAGGUAGGAUCUAAGCACAACUUAUCCCUGGAAUUCCCAAGAACCACAUGUAUGGAGGAGACACCACUAAAUAUCAAUAGAUUUAUGAUCAAUGUGCUUUGAAAUGGUAAUUCAUUCAGUUAACAAUACAUUGUACUUUUCAGUGAAAGAUUGUACUCGUGAAGUUAUAACACAUUGAGUUGAUGUUGAUGUUGUUAUUGUAUGUACAGCUGAUGAAAAGAAAGUCACUAGUAAAACAGAGCUGAUACUUAGUCCUUUUAUGAAGGGGUUUGCUGUUUACAAAGGUGGUCCUGUUUCACCAACCCACAACCUUUAUACAAAUUAUGGACAAAAUUUUCAUUUUGGCAUAUUGGUACUGGUAAACCUCAUUGUAAUUAAGAUAGUCUUAUCUCAAAGUUGUAAUACUAUAUUAGUUAUCGUGUUUAACAUGCCUAUUCAGCGGAUUUUUAAAACCUGGGUUUACUUUGCACUGUUAGAAGGAAUAAAUGGACUGCAUAAAGCACAAGAGGUGUGCAAUCUGCAAUUUAACCUUUUACAGACUGGUAAUUCUUUUGGUAAAAUGUCAUCUUGUAGGGUUGUCCUCCUGGAUUCUGGUUAUUUGGAACACAGAAGUGUGAAUUUUUGCCCCGCUUUGGUAGAAUCUCCAUAUUUGCCCUAAAACAUAACAACUUUAGUAAAAGCAGAAAUUAAGGUCACCUUUUGUUCAGUGCCAUUAUACCGUUCAUUUUUCUUUAUAACUAUUUAACUUCAUCUUGAUUCUGUGCUGUUAGAGAUGAAGUGAAUUUUGUAGUUUUGGUGUGUCAAAAUUUGGGGAACCACUGCUCAUAAAUAUCUAUGUGGUCACGAUUUGUCUCUUAACAAUGUAAAACAUUCUCACAAACUGAGGACUUUGCCUGCUUUAGCUUAUCAGUAACAACGGAACCCCAGAAUUAUCUAAACUCGUUAUCAUGAUGCAGCUGGGAUUAAGUAUGAGCUGUUUGCAGCAUGAAACAUUGUGUGACAUAGACAAAAGUGGUGAUGAUAUGUUGGAGUUCCAGUAAAAAUUUGGUGCCACGGUAACAUAGUGGUUAGCACGUUGGGGCGCUGGUGUUGAGAGUUCAAAUCUGGUGUCAUCUGUCAGAAUUCUGUUUGUCCUCCCCAUGGAAUGUGUGGAUUUUCUUCGGGUGCUCCUGUUUUCUCCUACACUCCAAAUGCAUACCAGUUAGUAGGUUAAUUGGUCACUGUAAAUUGUCCCGUGGUUAGGCUAGGGUUAAGUUGGGGGCUGUUGGGCAGCACAGCCAAAGGGCUGGAAGGGCCUCUUCCGCACUGUAUCUCAAUAAAUAGAAUAAAUAAAUAAAACUCAUGUGUGUUCUUUUUCACUCCAUGGUACUAAAAGAGCUCAGAAAGCCUUGUUCGUAAGGGUCAACGCCAGGGAGCAGAUUCAUUCAUUCUAAAACCAAGAACUCACAUCAAAUGUCAAUAGCUGUCCCUAAAUCUUUCUGAAUCCACAGUAUUUUGCCUUCAAUGAUUGAGGAAGUGAGAUUGCAAUGGAACAUAGCAUUGCUAUUGUCCCUUGUAUCACAAUGGUCAAUGGACUUUAACACAGGAGAAACCUAUAGAUGUACCACCAUUAAAUUCUUAACCAAUACUCUCCAAAGUACUCCAAAAUAAAGAUAUUGAAGUUUUCCUUUUUAUCUGUUCCAUAUUACCUUCAAGUACACAUCUGCAUCCUGAAACUUGUUUAAUAGCCCACUAUGUCAAUCAGACAGCCAACAUGGGCUAAAUUAUUUAACAGCUCUGACUGUAUAUUUCAAAAUCAUCAGACUGAAUUUGUCUGUUUCGGAAGGAACACUCACUUGAUUUUUCUGGAACCUUUUCAUUGUCUAGAUAAACUAUAUACUGUAGAUAUGGUGGACUGGUCUGACGCUAUGAGAUGAUGGCCUUGUUCCAAUAAAACUUGUAAUCUGUACUCGUUUUUGACUAUUCCAUUCACAGUUACCGCUCGUGUUUCCUUUUGCACUUAAUGCCUGAAACCCAAGAGUUUUCACUGCCAUUAGAGUCUGGAUUUUAAUUCAGUUGAUUGUCUUCUCUACUCUUGUUCCUGACGAAGGUUUAACUUUCUGUUUUGGUCAAAGUAACUGUUUCUUGUUGCAUGAUUGCAUUUUAGUCAAUUGUUUAUAUUGAAAUAUUAAAGCAGCAGUAUAAGAAUGUUCUAAAAUACCCUCUGCCCUGGCAGAAAUACCUUUGCAGACUUGUAAACAAACAACUG